AUAAAAUCAUAGAGAACAUGACGAUGACAAAUAAGCAAAUUCGGUUCUUGGAUAAUACUAUAGAUUGUGUAUUCAGAGAAGCGAGAGAGGAAGACAGAGAAAAAGGUAUGAGUUUUCGACUUCGUUGUUCUUGUGGCCGAUUCGUCUUCUGGAUUUAGGGUUUCAGAUGGCUCGUACUAAGCAAACUGCUCGUAAGUCUACUCGUGGAAAGGCCCCUAGGAAACAGCUUGCUACCAAGGCUGCACGUAAGUGUGCUCCAACCACUGGUGGAGUCAAGAAGCCCCAUCGUUACCGUCCUGGAACUGUUGCUCUUCGGUAUCUCAUCUCUUUUUCUUUACCCCAUAUAUAUAUAUAUAUCAUUGAUUUGACAAAACUCUGGUUCUUGUUCUUGAUGGACAAUGAGAUCCGUAAGUACCAGAAGAGUACCGAGUUGCUCAUCAGGAAGCUCCCUUUCCAGAGGCUUGUUCGUGAGAUCGCCCAGGAUUUCAAGACUGAUCUGCGUUUCCAGAGCCAUGCUGUUCUUGCACUCCAGGAGGCUGCAGAAGCGUAUCUUGUGGGUCUCUUUGAGGACACUAACCUCUGCGCCAUUCAUGCCAAACGUGUCACCAUUAUGCCUAAAGACAUUCAACUCGCCCGCAGGAUCAGAGGAGAACGUGCUUAAGUGUUGGGGGACCUGGUUCGUGAGUUGUGAAUGUGGUUGUUCUUAAUAGCUAGAUGGGUAUAUUAGAUAAUGGCUUUAAAACCUUUUGGUUGGUAGGAGACUUGAAAACAAUGAUGGUUGUUUUUUCUCAUUUCAAUCGUCUUGCCGGGUUAUGAUUUGCUAUGUGAUUUAGCUCUGAUUUGAGA